AUGCGAGGCUUAUCACUGGAUAUGGCUGUUACCUCUCAAGAACACAACAAUCUAACAGAUGAUUACCCUUUGCUCAUAGAUCACACAGAAAACCACGAAAACCACCAUUUUAUUGAUGUGGAAAGAGGAAGCUCUGAUGCUUCAUCAUCAGGGUCAUCUCAUUCUAAUGAUUCUACUCCACCUCCAUCAAAUGGAUCAAAUCCACCUGGCAGGAGGGGCGAAAGGUGGAAUCCAUUCAACACAUUAUUAUGGAUUUCAAUUGAGUUAUUAUUCACAUUAGGACAAAUUGUUGCUGCCAUUGUUGUCUUAUCAAUCUCACAACAUGAAAACCCUCAAAACCCUUUGUUUGCUUGGGUUAUUGGUUAUGCCGCCGGCUGUGCUGCAUGUCUGCCUCUGCUAUACUGGCGGUAUCUUCACCGGAAUCAAGCUUCCGGGCAGCGGUCAGCUCAACUCGGGCAGCCACGUUCAGAAAACACUCCACCAGAACCAAAUUCUUACAUAACAAUCUCAUUUGCUCCCUCUUCAGAAGAGCAAACUCGUCAAACAACUACUACUACAACAUCUUCAGAUGCUUGGAAUGGUUUAAAUGUUGUGGGUUCAAAUGUCAGGGUUAAUAUGUUAGUGGAUCAUUUCAAGAUGGCUGUGGAUUGUUUCUUUGCUGUAUGGUUUGUAGUUGGCAAUGUUUGGAUAUUUGGAGACCAAUCAUCUUCUAUUGAUGCUCCCAAUUUGUACAGGUUAAGUAUAGUUUUCCUUGCCAUAAGUUGUAUAGGGUAUGCAAUGCCUUUCAUUUUAUGUGGAAUGAUAUGUUGUUGCUUUCCUUGUAUUGUUUCUAUCCUUGGAAUCCGUGAGGAUAUGAAUCAAAUCAGAGGAGCAAAUCAAGACUCCAUUAAUGCUCUUCCAACACACAAAUUCAAGCUAAAGAGAGCUCUGAAAAACGAAUCUAAGGAGUAUGAUUCAGGAGUUGAUGAAGGUGGGAUUCUAGCACCUGGGACAGAAAAUGAACGCCCUAUCUCUGGAGAAGAUGCUGUUUGUUGUAUUUGUCUGGCUAAAUAUAGAGAUGAUGAUUUGUUGAGAGAGCUUCCAUGCACACAUUUCUUUCAUACAGAAUGUGUUGAUAAAUGGCUGAAAAUCAAUGCAUCAUGUCCAUUAUGCAAGUUUGAGAUUUGUAUCCAACAACCAUAAACUGUUGACAAAAGUCAUGUGAAAUCAGUUUUUUGAGGAUUGAUUGGUUGAAACUUGAAAAGGCUUAUAAAUCUGGAGUGAUGUACAACUUUGACAACACGAGGUACAUGUUGUCGCCCACAUGCUUUUUUUAAUGUAUGGGAAAUGAAGAUGAAGUUAUAUAAUAUGGAUGGAUUCGGAUUGGUGUAAUUGAUAGAUUCUGUCUGAUGAAAUUGCAUUUUCCCAAGUGUUGAUAAAUUGUGCAGAGGGUUCAAGUCUUGAAGGUAGGGGUGUUGUGUUUGUCUGUUGAAAACUUAAAAGUUAAAAAGUGUUGGGGGGUUGUAAAGUUUGUAUGAAUGACUAGUGAAUUGAAUGUAA